UUAAAUGGAUUAUGUAACAUGACAAGUUUGACUUAGCAAGGGGUUUCCUGGAGAAAAUGAGGACUGACGGAAUGGUUAUUGGCCAUAUAACAUAUACAUCAAUUAUUGAUGGGCUAAGCAAAAAUGGGUUGCUUGAUGAAGCUAUGCAAUUGCUCGAUAAUAUGUUCAAGGAUGGAUUGAAUCCUGAUCUUAUAACAUUUUCUGUAGUUAUAAAUGGAUUUUGCAGAGUGGGAAAGACUAAAAAAGUGAAGGAGUUAUUAUGUAAAUUGUAUAGAGCUGGAUUUGUUCCUAACGACAUCAUAUACUCUACUUUAAUCUGUAACUUCUGCAAGAUGGGAAAUGUUGCGGAAGCAUUGAAGGUCUUUUCAGUUAUGAGUUGCAAUGGUCAUGAUUCAGAUAAGUUUACAUUUAACGUAUUGGUUGCUUCUCUAUGUAGAGUUGGAAAAGUUGGUGAGGCAGAAGAUUUUAUGCAUCACAUGAGCAGAAUAGGUCUUGUCCCUAACUCAGUGACUUAUGAUUGUAUUAUAAAUGGCCAUGGAAUGUUGGGCAAUGGGUUAAAAGCAUUUUCUGUGUUUGACGAAAUGAUUAAACUAGGUCAUCACCCAAGUCAUUUCACAUAUGGUAGUAUACUUAAAGGACUGUGCAAAGGCGGUAAUUUGCAGGAGGCAAAACAAUUUUUGAAUAAGCUUCACUACAUUCCUUCUGCUGUAGAUACUAUUGCCUACAACACAGUAAUUUCUGAGGCAUGCAAAUCUGGAAAAUUAUGGGAGGCACUGGUCCUUCUUGAUCAGAUGGUACAGGAUAAAUUGUUGCCUGAUAGUUAUACAUAUACUAGUCUUCUUUCUGGGUUAUGUAGGAAGGGCUAAGUUGUUUCUACUCUUCUUUUCUUUGACAAAGUGAUGGCAAAAGGUACUGUUCCAAAUGAGGUAAUGCUUACCUGUUUGGUUAAUGGCCUUUUCAAGGCUGGUCAAUCAAAGGCUUCUUUGUAUAUCUAUGAUG